UCUAUGAUAAACAAAACCACGUUCAUUUGGAGUAAUCCAUCAGUUGACAGAAAAAGAGGAAACGAAGCUGUAGAAAAAGAAAAGGAUUAUUCGAAUCUCAAAUCAGCAACACUAAAGAACAGACCUAAUUUGAUAAGUGAAAAUGACUGAGCUACAAGGUCAGACCCUUAAUGAAGAGAAGCCUUUGCUGUCCGAUAAGGAUGCGAUUUCUGCAGCACUUCACCAGGCUUUUAGCUGCAAGGAGUAUGACAUUGAAACACAGUAUGGAACAGUACAUGCCAAAAUGUAUGGAACACCUAAAGGAAACAGACCUGUAAUUUUGACUUAUCAUGAUAUUGGACUAAACCAUAAAACCUGCUUUGAUCCCUUGUUUAACUUUGAGGACAUGCAAGAGAUCACACAGCAUUUUGCCUUUUGUCACGUAGAUGCCCCAGGGCAAGAGCCAGGAGCUGCAACUUUCCCGUCCGGAUACAUCUAUCCAUCUAUGGAUCAACUUGCUGAAAUGCUUCCUACAGUCCUUAGGUAUUUGGGCCUGAAGAGCAUUCUUGGAAUGGGGAUUGGAGCUGGUGCCUAUGUUCUAGCAAAGUUUGCGCUUAACCAACCAGAUAUGGUAGAAGGGCUAGUACUCGUUAAUAUAGAUCCAUCUGCAGAGGGUUGGAUGGAUUGGGCAGCAAGCAAGAUCACUGAAUGGGCCCAUGCGCUGCCAGAUGCUGUAAUUUCUCAUUUGUUUGGGAAGGAUGAAAUUCGUGAAAACCCUGACUUGAUUCAGAGAUACCGUAAACACAUCACUCAAGACAUUAACCAGACUAACCUCCAUCAUUUUGUAAAGUCGUACAAGAGUCGAAGAGACUUGGAAAUUGAGCGUCCCAUUCCUGGAGGUGGUGCUGUCAAAACUUUAAAAUGCCCUGCACUACUAGUAGUCGGAGACAGUUCAUCUUCAGUUGAUGCUGUGGUGGAGUGCAAUUCCAAGCUUGACCCAACCAAGACUACUCUUCUAAAGAUGUCAGAUUGUGGAGGACUUCCUCAGGUUGUCCAGCCUGGAAAACUCACUGAAGCCUUCAAGUAUUUUAUACAGGGCCUAGGCUACAUGCCUUCUGCCAGUAUGACCAGACUUGCAAGAUCCCGUACAGCCUCUAAUGCUAGUGUGAAUUCUGCAGAGGGUACCAGGAGUCGAUCCCAUACAGUAGAAGGAAUAGGCAGCCAUUACCUUGGAGAAGGAAGACUCAGAUCUCAUACAGCAGAGGAUACUCGCAGUCGUUCCCACACAGGCCCACCUGUUGAUACCACUCCUGGCUCUGGAGCCACACCUAAGUCUAUGGAAGUGUCUUGCUAAACUGACAUUGUUAAAACUUAUGGCUGCCAGUCAUUCAUUGCAAUACAAUUUAACUCCUUGCAUUUUGAAAGUCUGUGCUGAUCCGUAUAGAAUUGAAUUCCAACUUUAAGUGCCAUCCUAACAGGAAUGACCUGCAGUGUUCUGCUUGUGUUAAUACUGCAUGUACUUUCAAAGGGAAAUGCAUAUUGAUUGGGACAGUUAGCUUUAGGUGUUGGGUUUAGAAAUGCUUGAUGUAAAACAAUGGACUGUUAAUCACUUCUUCCAUCGAGAAGAUAUUGGCAAGACUACCAAAGAUUAAUGGAGUGCCCGCACUAUUAACUGUUAGUAGUUGAAAAGCUGCACUGUGGAACAAAGUAAAGAUUCUUGGAAUCGAGCCAGUACUGCUUGCAUAUACUGGGUGUCUUCUAGUUGCAAGUGAAGAUGGAGUUGGCCAACUCCAAAGAAUUGUAAAUAAUUUUAAUUAUAUAUAUUUAAAUAUGCUGUGCUUAUGCAAAUUGUCAAACUCUGUAUGAAUUGUACGUGCUUCAGUUUUUUGUUACUAAUGUAAAAAGCAGGGCAAGUGAUUUUGAUUUUGAGGUGUUGGUGUUCUGGUUUAAUUACAGAUUUAAGGCCCUUUGAUCUUAUUUUUAAUUUAAUAUUAAGGCCUGAAGCAUCAAUAAUUCACUAGUUCCCUUUUAUAAUUUUUCAUUACUUUUUAUAGUUUUGAAAUACUUGUUAGGAGCUAACCACAGUAUUCCAGAAUGUCUGAAAUGUAUUUUGGUAAUGUUUGGCAGUCCUAGUAAUCUUCUGCAAGCACAACAAUUAACUUACGUAAUGUUAAACAGUAGCAUGGUCUUGACAGUUUUUGGAAUAUUCUUAAUAUAACAGUUUGUUGUUUUUCUUGUACUAAAAGUGACACUGUGCUUUUUGUGAAUCUUUUCUGUGUAGAGUGCUUGAACGCAUUGGCCCCCUCAGAGAAUGGGACCACUGAAAAUGUAUGUGGGUAUUAACAUUACAAAUUAAAGAAGAUAUUUUUGGAAAUGUAUGAUAAUACUGUGCUGAAAUGUAAUUAAGUGUAUGAAACUGUGUAUAGUGGAAUUCUUAGCCCUCUGUCUAAUGUGUCACUGUGUAACAUGAUUCAAAAUUCAACUUAUAGUACUAGAAUUGAGAGAAUUGGUAUACUGUAUUAAAGCAAACUGUUAUGUUUAUAUAUUCCCACUAGGGCUAAAUGUGCUGUAGAUACUCAGAAAAAUGUCCUGAACUCUGCACAAAAAUGAAAUAUUUAAUAGAUUUAUAUAAUUAAGAAUAAAGUUUUCAAGAAAACAAA